GCAGCAGCCAGGCGAGGCCACGCCUGGGAGGCCACAGGAGCCAGCCACAGGAGCUGUCCAGGGCCCCAGGACCAUGAACAGCACUUGCAGCACUGUCUCCUGGCCCCCUGGGCUCAAGCACGUCUUUGUCACCUACUCGGGCACGCUGAUGGUGCUGGGCCUGCUGCUCAACGGCCUGGCGCUCUGGGUGUUCUGCCGCCGCAUGCGGCAGUGGACGGAGACCCGCGUCUACAUGACCAACCUGGCCGUGGCCGACCUCUGCCUGCUCUGCUCCCUGCCCUUCGUGCUCUUCUCCCUGCAGCACACCUCCGACACCCCGCUGUGCCAGCUCUCGCAGGGAAUCUACCUGGCCAACAGGUACAUGAGCAUCAGCCUGGUCACGGCCAUCUCCGUGGACCGUUACGUGGCCGUGCGGCACCCGCUGCGUGCCCGAGGGCUGCGCUCCCCGCGGCAGGCUGCGGUGGUGUGUGCGGCGCUCUGGGUCCUGGUCCUAGGCUCCCUGGUGAUCCGCUGGCGCCUGGGGCUGCAGGAGGGCGGCUUCUGCUUCCGGAACUACGCCCGGCACGACUUCAGCAGCACCACCUUCUCACUACUGGGCUUCUACCUGCCACUGGCUGUGCUGGUGUUCUGCUCCCUGCAGGUGGUGACUGCGCUGGCCCGGAGGCCAGCCUCCGAAGCCGGCCAGGUGGAGGCCACCCACAGGGCUGCCCGCAUGGUCUGGGCCAACCUGGUGGUGUUUGUAGUCUGCUUCCUGCCGCUGCACGUGGUGUUGACGGUGCAGGUGGCCAGGGGCCUGUCCUCCUGUGCAGAGCGCAAGGCCUUCAGCCGGGCCCUCUCCAUCACCAGCAGGCUCUCGGACGCUAACUGCUGCCUGGACGCCGUCUGCUACUAUUACAUGGCCAAGGAGUUCCAGGAGGCCUCCGCGCUGCCCACGCCCGCCGGCACCAAGGCCCACAAGAGCCAGGACUCUCUGAGCCUCACCCUCACCUAGGGGGCACUCACUGUGGGCCAGGUCUCAGGGCUCUGGGAGGGGCAGCUUCCAGGGCACCUGGGGCCAGCGUGGAGCCCCGAGACAGACCCUGGCCUCACCCUGGUCUGUGGGCCCUCUAGGAGGCCAGUGGAAGGGCUGGACCCAGGUUUGCCGAGCCUCGGUGGCUUCGUUGCUAUCCUGGGAAGGGACAGGGACAGCAGCCAGAGGAUGACUCCUGAGGGGGUCAACCCCAAGGACCCUGGGACAGGGACACACAGCUGUCACCCUAGAGCUGACUCCCUUGGGGCACCGGGUGGGGCCUUGACAGCCUGCCUUCUUCUGUGGACCCCCUGGGCGGGAACAAAGCUGUCCGCUGCGGCAGGCUGGCAGGGCCCUCUGUCACUUUCACCCAGUCCUCGCCCUGGGUGGGGCUGCAGUGGCCUGGGUGUCUCCCUCCUUCCCACUCUUCCUCCCAGGCCCCUGCCCCUCUGCUGAGCCUGGUCUUUCUGGCUUGGCGGCCCUGGGGGCUCUUAGGACAUGCUGAAGUCCUCCUGAGGCGCCAGGCCCCGGCUCCGCCCCCCACUCCCCUGCAAAUGCCACCCAGCGCUUGCUGCCUGAUGGACACCCACCCCUCCCUCCCACCGCCCCCUGCAGCCUCUGAGGGGACCUCAGGCAGCCUUGGCUCCAGGCCCGUGGGGUGCGGCCUGCAGCGAGGUCUUGAGGCCCUUUAUGGAGGUGGGGCUCAGCCACUCCCACCAGAGCAUCCACCAGCACCCGGAGCUGCUGCCCAGGCCCAGGGCACCCAUCCCCAGGCGCCCUAGCUUCUUACCACCUGCCAGUCUGCCUCGGACACUCCCCGAGCCCCAUGCCUGCACUGGGCAUGGCCGGCUCACACUGUCCUGGGCAGUGUCAGGUGAGCAGGGCAGGGACAGUGCUGGGCAGCUGGCAAGGCCCUGUCCUGCACUGUCCCCCCUUCCCGUCUGCCGUUUCCUGCUGCAGGUAGCCCUGCCUGUGCCCGGAACAGCACCGCCAGCUUCCCUGGGAUGGGGCCCACCACGUCCACUCCACGGCCUCACCCUGCCUUGGGCUGAGCUCCCCAUACCCCUUGGUCCCUCCAGAAUCCUUCCCAGCCCUCACAGAAACCCCACCCUCUGGACAUGUAUCCCCGCCCACCGGGUGGGCAGUUUCCCUGACCCUGACCCCCAGACUUACACUUCCAAGAGGCAGGAGGUCCACUGAGGGUCUUGCCCUAGGCUGGGAGUCUGCAGCCUGGCCAGUGGGGCCGAGGGGUCUGCAGGCCCCCUCUUCUGCCUCUCGCCGGGACUGGGGGUCCAGGGGGACAGGCGGACCAGGCUGCAGGCUCAGCUCAGGGAACCAAGGGUGGCAAAGAGCUGCAGGUGAGGGGCCAGGUGGCAGGAGCUUCCAAGAGCCCAGUCCUGAGAGAUGCCUGCAGGGCCACCAUGCACAGGCCUGGGCUGUCCCCCCAGUCACCAGCUGUGCCCAUGGGCUCUGCCCACCAGAGCAGAGGGAAGGAGAGCACCCGAGAGGGAGAGUGUGGGCCUCUGUUGUGGCCAGGCUCCCUGCCUGGGUCCCGUCUUGCUGGACACAUGGCCCUCCUUGGCUUCCUUGCCCACACAGGGAGAUUGGGGGAUGGGGGUCUCCAGCUGCUGCACCCCUCAACCCAGCCUUGGCUUGGGGAUGUAGAGCCAAAGCUGCCCGUGUGGAUGCCAUCUCACCCUGGAGCAACCCCUCUGACCUUGGGCAGCAGGGUGACCCCAGGGCCCUGACCACUGGGUGAGACAGCUCCUGGCGUGGGCAGAAGGCAGUUAGCUGGCUGCCCUCGCCUCUUGCCCCCAAGGCCUGCCUGUGCCUGGUAUCAGCCUGACCUGUGCUCAGACCCCUGUCCUUCCAGCCUGCGUGGGAGCAGGCCUCCGGGUGACUCCCAGGCCUGAAGGGAGUCUCUCUCCAGGAGGCCCCCAAGUCACCUGCCAGCAGGCGAGGCCUCGUCUCUGUGGCCACAGGGCAGCAAGCCCAGGUCCCCGUCUUCAUGACCUCAGUCCUGGUGUGGGACUCGUGUAGCCCGACCCAGGCUCAGCCUUUCCCUGCCAGGGUGCCUGGCGGAGGCUCUGCCUCGCGGUUGGAGGGAGAUUUCCAGAGGCUCCAGGUCCCGGGAAUCGCCUGCUGAGGAUCGGCUCUGGGACCUGGAACUGAGAACACAGGGCCGUAGGGCUGACCGCACCCUGGGCACCCAGUGGCGAUCCUUCCAGUAGCCUGUCCCCUGGGGGGUGCCGCCAGCCACAGUCCUCCUGAGGGCACUUGCCCCCGGCCGUGUCUGCGGUACCACCUGCUAGACCCAGGGUGCCGCUGAGGAGGACGCGGGGCACACCAUCUGCUGAGAGGACCAGAGGAGUGCGUGUGGAGGACAGGGUCUGAGCAUGUGUGGGGCGGGGAGAGGACAGGCAUCCUGCAGGGGCCGAAGGAGCCUGGGCCAGUGCCCGCAGUGGACGGCAAGGAGUGGUCCUGCCCAUGGGCCAGGAGGGACCUCUGUGGGGCAGCCUGCUCUAGCUUGCCGUCUUGGUCAUGGGCAUUUUGUAAAACUGUUGAUGGCUACUGGGACCCAAGCCUAGGAGGCGGAGCUGGGCCUCUGCAGGCCCCCCCACCCCCGUGUUCCCCUGCCCCUCUGCUGGGCCGUCGGGAGCAGCCAGGGAGCAGCCAGCUGUGCGGUGGGCCUUCACGGUGGGAACGCUGCUUUCCCAGAGGCCAUCUGCAGAUGGUCGCCCGUGGCUGGACCGGAGUUAGCUUUGCUGUCCCCAUGGAGGGUGAGCGUGGAACCCUAAGUGGACGGCCGCGGGCAGCAGGUUAGCAGAGCAAGCCGACUGAGUCCCCAGAGCAGGCACAGCAGGGCUGCAUCAGCCACCAGGAAACCUUUCCUGUGAAGGCUGCAGAGCAGACUCGAGCUCUCCUUCAGAACUGGGCCUGCUGCCCUGGGAGCGCCAAAGCAGCCAGGGGUUCAGGAGCCGGGGGCGCCGCCCGGUGCACCCAGCCGCCCUCCCUACAGAAAGAGGCGGCAGUAGGAGGCCCUGAGCUGACCGCCGUCUUUCCUUGGGUCUGGCCACCGACAUUCCGCCUCAGUCUCUGGCCUAAAUGAGACUUUUCACCGCAGCAUGAGCUCCCACCCCACCUGACCCCAGCACCGGCCCCGGGGGGCAGCACCAGCUCCUGCCUCAGCCCAGCCACCUGCAGCCAGCUCCCACCAGGUCAGAGGGCACUGAGGUGGCGGCGCAGAGCCCCCAGGACCCCCUCUGGUGAGCGCGGUUUGUUGGCAGAGCCAGAGCGCCUCAGCAGAGCGUCCGGUCACUUAAGCCUAGGGCUGGGCCGGGCUGCAAGGAGAGGCAUCGAGGGCCAAGAGCCAGCCACCGACAGGCUGCCCCGGGAGGUGUCUCCAGGAAGUGCUGUGCAUCGGGCAAGGGCCCAGGCCUGGGGGGCUGUCCGCAGGGGAGCGGAGAGGGGAGGUGGGCUGCGCCGGUAGUGGGCCUCCAGGACCUCUGAGCUCUGUGUCCUGGGCCCACAGACACCAGUCGCCCCUGGCGAGGGACAACAGGGCCCGUCCUUCAGGGCUGCAUCUUGGUGGGUGAAGAGGUGGCAGGACUGCAGGCAGGGAGGUCUCGUGACCUCGAGGACGCUUGCCAAGGCAGGCGCCUGCAGGGGCCUAAAGCUCAGUGGCACGGUGGCUGACGAGGACAUGGUGGCAGAAGUCUCCAGGCCCUGAGAAGCCACUGGACCCGGCUCUGCCUGGCCAGGUGAGCUUCUGGCUGCAGAGGGGUGCGACCUGGAGGUGAGGACGGAAGGGAUCAGGUGGCUAGGGUGCUGGUGGAGGUGUGCAGAGGGGGUCCUGCGGGCCCCCGCGCCAGGGAGCCUGUGUUGCUUCCGCAGGGGUCCUGGGGGCUGAGUCCUCCUUGCGUCCAUGGCCCCUGGGGCCUGCACUCCCAGGCUCACAAGCAUGCAGCUAGAGUGUCAGCCCUGAGCAGCCCUUGGGGUGGCAACAGACAUGAUGCGGACUUUGCCAGGGCCCCUCAAACACGGACUGUACCACACUCACCCUCUUUACACUAGAUGCCCGACCUGUCCCACCCCACGUGGGGCAUCUGACAGAGUCCACUUCAGGUCUCCAGGGAAAUGAGGCCAGAACCGGAGCUUCUAGCCAGCCAGGAGGGAUGGUGCACACCUGUGAUCCCAAUGACUCAGAGGCUGAGAUAGGGGGGUUGCAAGUUUGAGGCCAGCCUUGGCCAC